UGCAGGCCAAAACCAUCCUUGCCACGAUAGAGGAAAUUAAUAAUUUGACUGGACAAGAGUUGCCGUUCACGACAACCAUUGACAUGAGACAAGAACUACAGUCGACGACUGCAGUUGACCACGAACACGAAUUGCAAUCUGUGACGAGUAUAGGAAAGGGAGAGAAAUAUGAGAUUGUAUCUGUUGUUGACACAGUGCAGGAACCACAGACUGCAAAUUCUAUCAGCUCUGUAACGAGGUUGGCAGUAGACAACACCUCAAAGUCUAUAGCUAAAUUUUGGCUCCAUCUUCCCGAUUUGGAGGGAGAUUUGCAGGUGGAAGAGAAGAAUGUCGCUGAUGUUCCCGCUAGUCCAGCACCAAUGAGAACUGAGAGUCCCGAGGAAGCAACCGAAUACUGUCCCGUAGUCAUCACAGAGCCCAUUCGUCAAACAGAUGACAGAAACACUGAAACUUGCGAAGAUCUGUCGUCAGACAGCCCCUCAGAGAAGUGCAUUCCUAAAUCUGCUCCCGUGCCGGUCACCAAUAUGUCUGACAAGCAGGCGGAACAGGCGGAAGAGAUUGUUAGUUGCUUGGCCACUCAUGGUGGUGUUGAUUAUGUGGACGAGAUCACUGUUAUCACUUGUGUAGGCAGCUGUGCCGGCAGCUGUGACUCUAAUGUCGACUGGGACCUGUGCAAUCAGGUCAUCUCUGUUCCUGAUGAACCAUUGGUUCCUUUGACUCAAAAGCUUUCAAUGGCUAACAAAGAGGUGUCAGGUGCCAUAGAUAACAAAUGUCUAGAACAUGACCUACAGACACUGCCACAAGCAUCAGAGGAUGCUGUAACGUCAUAUCCAGCUACACAGGUGUAUUCUACAAAUAAGCCUAUGGAUAUCAACACUGAGAGAAUAGUAAAGCAGGGAACGAAUGUUGCCAUUGAAAGAGAUGAUCCAGCUCCUCAUCCCAGGAGCAAUGCUUCCACCUUUGCAAUCCGCACAGCUGUAGAGAGUCCACACGCAUCAGAUGUACGAGCACAGGCACCGCUUCCAAGAAAGGUCACGGUGUCCAGUGCAACUGUGCUCAGUCACAGUCCCAGUAACCUUGCCAAUUCUAAGAGCCGCGCAAUGGAGAGAAACCAACACGACAGCAGUUGCAAAAGAGGGCUGCCAAGUUUUCCUCCACAGAGCUGUAGCAGUGGUCAAAAGCAUGGCCUACGUGUCUCAAGCUGUGCUGUCAGUACACCUGUUGCGAAAGCCGCAUUCGGUAAGAACAGCUGGGCGGCGGUUUCAACAGAACCCAGUGCAUCUGGUUCAGAGCCCACACGUAUGCGCCAUUCGGACUUGCCUGGCAGGAGCAGCGCCGUCGGAGCAGAGAAUACUGAAUCGACAAAGGCUUAUGCUGCAGGCCAUCUUUUUCAUCCAUCCCAAGGGAGGUACGUUCUUAAGAAAGAAGUCUUGCAAGACGGAGACGAGCUUGGCACGGGUGCCACUUUUUGCACAGUUGUCUGGGUCCCCACAGGUGGCACCGCCAAACCAUAGCACCGUUGUACGUGUGCCAUUGGACAAGUGCCUUAAACCCAUGCCUUGGUUGGCGAAGUACAAGCAGCAGUGUAACAUGCGAUAGCACGUAAACUUCUCUCGUGGCCCAAAAAGCCAAAUCCGGAAGUAUCCGGACAUUGCAUGUUCAUAGACGAUGCUCUUAAGACGGCAGGGAGUGCCUGUGUGUGACGUUUCAUUGUUAAUUUAUUGUUUUCCUAAUACAUGUGCUUAUUUAAUUUUUGGACACACGAACGCUGUCACUAUUCCCAGUUUUGUGAUUGUGCCUGUAUAUAGAGGCAUUUUAUAAAUUGCUCAUUUGAAUGUUCUGUGUUUUUACUAUUUUAGAGGUUUCUUGUUCUGUUUGUGCAAGAAUUUGUUGCCUUAUGUGUGUAUACGAGUCAACAUGGUGGUCUUGGUUAAAAGCUGACCAAGGGUGCGCUGAGGUAGCAUUGUGGUUACCACCAAUUCAUCUCUGGCUGGCAAAACUGCAGAUGAAAAAAGCUAUGCGCCAUCAGCAUCAGCAUCCGGACAUUGCAUGUUCAUUGUUAAAGAUGGCACGGAGUGCCUGUGUGUGACGUUUCAAUGUUAAUUUAUUGUUUCUUUACUGAAAUGCACAUUUUAUUUUUGGACUCACGAACUCUGACAGUAUUCCAGGUUUUGUGAUUGUGCCUGUAUAUAGAGGCGUUAUUUAAUGUGCACAUGGGAACAUUCCAUGUUUUUACCAUUUCAGGGGUUUCUUGUUCGGUUUGAACAAGAAUUUGUUGCACUACGUGUGUAUACAGAGUCAAAAGUGGUUUUGGCUAAAACCUGUCCAAAAAUGCUCUUCAGUUGCAGCACUAGUUAGAUAAAAGCACAGAAACAAGAGUGCACUGGGGUAGCAUUGUGGUUGCCAGCCAAUUCAUUCCAAGGCUGGCAAAGGUGCAGAUGGAAAAAAAUACGCUUACAAAGCGCCAUCAGCAUCAGUAACUUGAGUGAACAAUCUGUGAUAAAGUAAAAUUACUGCGAUGCACAGGCACAUAGCCUGCUAGUCAGAUUUUCACGCUCCUAAGUGUUAUCAAACCUCAGUGUCACGAACAUUAAUGUAAUUAAUUAUUGGAUAUAAUGACGUAAAUAUAACAGGUUUAACGGCCACAUGAGUGUUGCAAGAGUACGCUCGUAACGAGCAUGUCGUGUUACAAAAAUGUUUGUGUUUGUAAUAAGGACAGGCUGUACAUGCAGCUAAUGCGGUAUUCUGUUGAAUUAGAUUUUACAUG